ACAGUUAACUCAUCUUACUUUUGGUGUUUAAUAGCAUCACAGGUUGACUCAGGCGCGUGUAGUGGUGAAGUUAGUAUGUGCCAUCUAUUGUGAGAGAUUGACACCUGCUGGAUUCUUUCAUUAUUAUUAAAUGUGCACGCGAAUACAGUCACCCCUUAUUUGCACACGUUUCUCAAAACAGAACCCGGAAAUUUUGAAUUGUAAGGAAACUGAAACUUAAGUGUUGACAAGCUGUCGCGCAUUUUUCUUUAUCCGUGUGUGCUUACAGUAAAAUGGCAGAAGGCAGUUUUUCUCAAGACAAGUUCAGCUGUCCAGUGUGUUUGGAUCUAUUGAAGGAUCCAGUGACCAUUCCAUGUGGACACAGUUACUGUAUGAGCUGUAUUACAGACUGCUGGAAUCGAGAGGAUCAGACGGGAGUCUUCAGCUGCCCGCAGUGCAGACACACAUUCACUUCAAGACCAGCUUUAUGUAAGAAUGUGAUGCUUUCUGAACUGGUGGAGGACCUGAAGAAGACAAAACUCAAAACAACUGCUUCGGCUUACUGUUAUGCUGAAGAUGAAGAUGUGGAGUGCGGUGUCUGUACUGGGAGAAAAUACAAAGCUGUCAAGUCCUGUCUGGAGUGUCUGAACUCAUACUGUGCAAAUCACCUUGAACAACAUGAAAAAUUAUUUCAAGUUAAAAAGCACGAUUUGAUGGAUCCAACCGGGCAACUUAAUGACAUGAUCUGCCCAAAACAUAACAAACGGCUGGAAAUCUACUGCCGCACUGACCAAAAGUGCAUUUGUUAUCCAUGUUUGAUGGAUGAGCACAAAACCCACGACACUACAACAGCUGUAGCAGAGAGGACUGAGAAACAGAAACUUUUAGAAGAGACACAGAAUAAAUUCAAGAUAAUAAUUCUGGAAAGCGAAAAGAAGAUUUGGGGACUAAAAAAGGGUGUGGAGUCUUAUAAGCACUCUGCACAGACAGCAGUGAAGGAAAGUGAGAGGAUCUUUUGUGAGCUGAUCCGCUUCAUUGAGAGACGUCGCUCUGAGGUGACACAGCUGAUCAGAGAUCAGGAAAAGGCUGCAGUGAGUCAAGCUAAUAGAAGCUUAAAACAACUGGAUCAGGAGAUUGUUGUUCUGAAGAGGAGAAACGCUGAACUGGAGCAGCUUUCAGGCACAGACAAUCACAUCCAAUUCCUGCAGAGUUUCCAGUCUCUCUCUGCAGCUCUUGAAGCUCCAGUCUCACACAACAUCACUGUCGAUCUUUGGCACUCUUUUGGUGAUGUGAGAAAAUCUGUCUCUCAACUAAAAGAAAAAUUGAGAACUUCUGUAGAGAGGAGGCUAACAAGAUAUAUGGAAAGGAUUUCAGUCAGUUCACAUCGGAUUCAAACGCAGCGAACAUGAGGACCACAGGGGUUGGAGGAGUUAAUAGGUAUUCCUAUGGCUUAAUGGCGAACCUCUUUAGGCAGCCCCGCCACGCACAGACCCGGAAUGUGAACGCAAUAUGGACCCCCUCAAACGCAACCACGUAUGGAGCGGGGCCCAGACUACGAUUAAUACAAGGGGCCCAAAAUAGUUUGCGGCACACCUGAGCAGAAUGGACAAAUACACUUUGGCUGAAAGUGUUCAUGCUAAUUUCGUGGAGACAUAUUAGUUUGAUACACAAAACAUCUGCACAUAUCACUUUGUAGAUAAAACUGCCUGGAAAAUUUCAGAUGAACUUUCUUUCAUCAUACCAUUCCUAGUGCUUCUGUUUUGUUCCAUCAGACUUCAGUGUUUUGCCAGCGAGGGGACUACAUUCCAGACACACUUGCAAGCAAAAUGUGAAGCUGCUAUCAUGUUUUUCUUUGGUGUGCCUACAGCAUUGUCAUAUUUCUACAUGCAAGACCUUCACGUAUUUAAGCCUGCACCAUUAACAUACACUUUGACAUUGCUAUUAAAGUGAUGGAAUCCAUUGCAGUUUUGCAUGUUAUUGCAAA